AUGCUAGCGCGUUUAUUUCGUAUUCAAAAUCGUACUGCCAUUUACGAUCGAGCACAUAAAAUAACAGCAUCGUUUUUAAUUGGUUUAACAGGAGUUGCUUUUCUCGCUGUGUGUCAUCAAUUAUACAAAGCGAAAACCGAAUACCUUCCUGAAAUCCGUCGACGUGGUAAAGAACGUUUAGAAAAGACACUGGCCAUACGACAAACUGAAGCUGAAAUUGCCGAACAAGAACAGAAUAAAAAUACAAAACAACAUGAAGAUGUAGAAGAAAAUGGCCCAUCAGCUUCUAAUGAAGACGUGGAAUUUGACUAUCCAGAUGUAAAAUAUGAAUAUCUUGACAAUACAGCGGAUAUCCAAAUUCAUGCGUGGGGAGAUUCAUUGGAAGAAUCGUUUGAACAGGCUGUGAUGGGCAUGUUUGCAUAUAUGACUGAUAUUGAUCGCAUUGAAAAUCGGGAUAUGAAACAAAUCGACAUACGCGCCGAAGGUGAUUUACAGAAUUUGUUAUAUAAAUUUCUUUCCGAAUGGCUGGAAGUUUAUGGUACCGAAGACUAUUUCGUUGCACGAAAAGUAGAAAUCAAUUUGUUCGAUCGAAAAGAAUUACGUAUCAUUGCUCGUGGCUACGGUGAGACAUUCGAUUUAUCACGACACGCACAAGGAACCGAAGUCAAAGCGAUCACUUACUCGAAUAUGCAAAUACACGAAGAAGCGCCCACACAUGACGUUUAUGUCAUUGUUGAUAUCUAA